AGGGCGAACAUGUGGCAACUGCCUCUCCUUCAUGUAGGCACAGGGUUCCAGCAAUGGGGCGCUCGCUCACAUUCUAGUGUUUCCUAUGAGUUCGGUUAAGAGUAGAAAGGCAGAAUUUGCUGGGCUGUCUUUGUGCGUGAUUUCUCCAGCAGACGGAAGCUUACUUUAUACGUUUUUAUUGUGUGCUUUGGUUGCUGAUGUGUGGACUGGAUUUAUACCUGAAAUGUGAAUUUGCACAAGUUGAGCAAAAUGACCCGUUGGGAGACUGAGGUCGAAAUCGCAGUUGAAAAUGGCUUUGGAGGAGCAUACAGCCAAGAGAAAGCUGAAUGGAUGGUGGGGGCUGUGGAACAAUACUUCCAAAGCAAUGCUGACUUAGAGCCAGAAGAGAUAGAAGACUUCCUUGCUGAGUUGAUGAACAAUGAAUUUGACACUAUGAUAGAAGAUGGAAGCUUGGUUCAGGUAAGCCAGCAACUGUGCCUGUUCUUCAGUCAGUGCCAGCAGGGAGAUGGAGCAGCAGUGCAUGAAGCCAUUGUCCAGCUGGCUCAGAAGAAGCAAGAGGCAAAGGUGGCAGCUGCAAAAUCAAAACCAGUGGAAGAAAGCAGCAGCGAGGAGGAUCAGGAGACCGAGGAAGAGGCCAUGGAUUGCAGUGCCUCUCCCAGCAUGAGUGGACCACAACCCAGCCCACCUCCUUCUUCAGACGCAGAUGUUGAAGAUGGUUGGACCUUGGUGAGGAAAAAAAAAUGAAGAGCAAAGGAUAAAUACCAUGACUGCAACAGUUUUGCUUGAACUGGUGUAGCCGGGACAGGGUUGGAGAAAUGGAACUGGGUCCUUCCCAACGCCACCCCCUAGGCUUGGGUAUUUCUUUACAAAGUGUUGAAAGGAGCAACUUAGGUGGCGAAGAUAUUUUCAGUCUUGGUGCAUCAGGCUCCUGCACAGGCCUAAGCACAUUGCGUAGACGCUGCUGCUUGUCCCUCUGCUCCUGACUUGGUAAACGCCGUCCUAUACUGAGUGGCACACAGGCUCAGAUGCAUAAAGGGUUGAAGUUCCUUGAAGCCAUUUCCUUUUCAACGAACAGAAGACCACCUUCCACCUUGGCCAUCCCAUGGUUUGAAAGGGUUGUUGCAUCAGUAACAUAGAUCCUUUUGCAGGGAAACGCCUUCCUCUGUGGCGAGGCACUGGUUUCAAGGUAUCCAUUGCCACUUUCAGAAGACUAAAUCAGGCCAGUAUCUUUCCCACCACCACCCUCCUUGCUGAAAGGACUGUGGCCUCAAGCUUAUUCAAAGAGAUAGAUAAGCAGUAACAGAAAAACAAAAUCGUGUAUUUAAAAAAAAUUAUGGACAAUGGAAAACAAAAUACAACAACAAAACUAGAAAGUAACAUGGACAAUACACAAAUCCUUGGUUGUGGGAUAGGGCACUUCUCUCAAUAGAAGUUCCCCUUUCCUAACCUCUGUAGUGGCCAGCCACUGUAUAUGAGCAACAAUAAAAUAUUAUUUUGGUAA